AUGUACCCUGUUGAAUCAGAAGUUCAAGAAAACUUCUUUGAAUACUCCCUCACUGGCCAACAACCAAGCACAUUUCCCAGGAAACACAAUAUGGAAUUGCAGUUUGCUUCGAAUCUGAAUAUUGACAAACUCAACCAUAAUCAUAACCAUAAUCACGGCUACCAUAACAGCUAUCAUCAUCAAUAUAGCCAAUUCCCGACGCCUGCUCUGAUUUCAGACCAAAUGUAUUACUGCCAGGGCGGCACUAACCUGAUCCCAAGUGGCUCCAUGAUAGACGCUAGCCAGUAUGUACAUUCUCAAGACGUCUUUAGAGACCAAAGUCUCUAUCCACCGUGGUAUCCCGAAGCAGAACUAUUUCAACAAUUGGGAAGCCUUGCCCAACCACCAAUUCCGAUUGAAAAUGAAAACGAAGCUAAUAAUUAUCUUUCAAGUACCUGUACUGAAAUUGGAGAAUUAGACUCUAUGCUCUUCUCGAAUGAUUUUGGAAACAUUUCAUUACAGCCAGACUUCCCGUCUUCUCAACAGAUGGACCAAUACUUACCAGAUUUGAUCGAAUUUGGCCCUUUCACAGACAUUGGCUUACCUUCGCCUCUUUCACUACAUUCCAGCCAAUCUCCUCCUCAAGACUACUUUUCAUUAUUUCAUACCAAUCAAGCUGAAUCACGAACAGAAAGAGUAGAUGCCAAGACGCGUAUUGAGGUACAUAUGUAUCAAAAGUUCAGCCCCCAUCAGCCAAGUCAGCCGACGUUUGAUACAGGCUUGCUACCCAUGACUCGAAGGGCAGAGCUUGAGCUCCAGGGUCAGCUUAAGUCCGUAUCUGGACCUGGACCUGGACCUGGACCUGGACCUGGACCUGUAUCUGGGCCUGAGCCUGAGCCUGAGCCUGAGCCUGAUAGAAAUCGCGUGCUCGAGAAUAGUGGAUUCAAUAAGAUGUUUAACUACAAACAAAGAUACCCUGGACAGUUCAAGAAGUCAUACAUAUGUCUCACAUGCAAGCGAUCACUUUGUAGCGCCUAUAGCUUAAGCAGACAUCAAACCACACAUCAUUCGAAUGCACAAAAGAAAGAUAUGUGCCAUUUAUGCUCAAAAGCUUUCUCCAACAAAGCAAACCUAAGACGCCAUAUUCGACUUUGUCACAGCAAGACCGUGUCAUUACCUUGA